UACAUGAAAGAAGCCCUAGAGGUCAAUGCGAAGCUUCUCGAGGCCAAUCCUGAGUAUCCCACAGCUUGGGAUUACAGAAAAUUUGCUGUUGAACACAUUCUCAGUCAUUCUGAGACUGAUACAGAGAUUGAUCCAGACUCCAUUAAAUCUAUUUACAGUGAAGAACUGAGAGUUACAGAGCGUGCAUUGGCAAAGAAUUAUAGGUCUUAUGGUGCCUGGUAUCAUCGUAAAUGGGUGCUAAGCAAGGGGCAUUCAUCUGUAGAUCGGGAAUUGCAGCUUCUGGGGGUGUUCCUGAAGAAAAAUUCCAGGAAUUUCCAUGCGUGGAAUUACCGGAGGUGAAGAUUUGGGUUUGAUUUACUUUAAUAUAUUGAAGGACUGCAAUUUCAAAUGGUCUAAUUUGGUCUUUAUUUUCAGAUUUGUGGCAGCAUUAAAGAACAGAUCAGAUGCAGAGGAACUACACUUCACAACUGAUUUCAUAAACGAAAACUUCAGUAACUAUUCUUCUUGGCAUAAUCGUAGGUACGCUUGUAUCUCAA